CCGGGGCGGCUCCCGCCCUGCCGCGCGCCGCUGCCCUCGUCCCUUCCCACUCUCUCCCCCGCCUUCCUCCCCCCUGCCUGUGUGUCAGUCGUUGGCCGGUAAUGGCGCCGGGCUGGCGGCGGUGUCGCCGCUAAAGCGACUGGCUGGGGCCGCCGCCGCCCCUCCUCCUCGUUGCAGCGCUCUACACCCAAGGCUUACGGGAUGAGCCGGCGGCCACCGCCGUCGCCGCCGCCGCCACCGGGAAGGAGAAGGAAAGAACGGAGGUGGCGAUAAGAACAAGUGAAUUGACAGGAUGUGGAGCAACAAGCCUAAUGAGGUGCCUUUACAAAAUACAAGGUCCUCCCAGAGUAGGGAUUCCAUCAGAGAUUUAACCACAGUAUGGGAUGCUUUUUCGCAGACUAAAGCAGCACUGCGACACAUUGAAAACAAAUUGGAAGUAGCUCCUACCAGCACAGCUGUGUUGGAUUCUGUCAUGGAUGCCAAGAAGCCAUCUGCUAGUACUACUAGGAAAAUAAGUAGGAGAGCCUGCAGGACUUCCAGCCAACUUAAGGAGAGGUUUCCCCGCAGCCCUCUUCGUGCUACUACCUUGGAUAGUAAUGUGAAAAAAAGUGGACAUGUUGAAUUUCGUGAGCCCCUGGCUUCUUUCAGGGAUACCCCAUGGUCCCCAUCUUAUAAAACAUCUUGCCAAUUGGAGGCUAGAUGUCUGAAGCGUAAAGAAGCUGGGAAUAACACUGAAGGAAUGAGCCGUAUGGCCCAUGAAAAAGAUGAACCGGAUUUGGACAGCAGAAAUUUCAAAAGCUCCUCUUCUAUAAAUGACAUUGUUGUUCGAUAUUUGAAUGACCGACCAGCAAUUGAUGCCUUGCAGAGUUCAGAUGCUUUUUUUAAAGCUGUAACUCCUACAAGAUCAGAGGAGGAAAAGACUGAGGGAUCCAGAGCAGAUGACAAUACAGGAACUUCUCUGAGUACUGCAACCCAGGAUACUGAUCUGAAAGAAUUACAUUUGGCAGAAUCGUCAGCUUCUUCUGCCAGUACCUCCAGUGCCCACAGACUAGAUAUCUUAAAGCAGCGCCAGAAUGAUGCUAAAUUGGAAAAACUGAAGGAACGAAUUAGGAAGCAAUGGGAGCAACCAGAAGAACUGAGUAGCAGAGGGCAUCAUUUAGAAUAUGCUGAUCAUCCAGUGAUUGUUGCAACUGCAGAGAAUGCAGUGACUCCUAAAGUAAGAAAAGUGGCAACUGCACCUCCUGCUCCCUCAUAUAAAGGUUUCAAUCCAUCAGAAGCCAAGAUCCGUACCCCUGAUGGGAAGGUGUGGCGUGAAGAAGAAUUUCUCAGUCUUAGCAGAGAGUUAUGUCGAGACUUAGAACUUCAGUUGGCAGAAGAAGAUUCUGCUGAGAAGGAGGCAUCAGCUGAAAACAGAAAGGAGAGAAAAGCAAACAAACCAGUGCGCAAAAUUCAGAAAAUGACACAACCUCAAAGUCCUGAUUUGAAACUAGGUGGUACCAAUGCAAUAAGUACAUCAUCCUGGCGAGAUGGACAAAGACUGGCAAAGAAAUUUCUGGGCCCAGCACCUAAAAUAGAGCAUCAGAACAAGCAGCCAUCAUCCAGUGACAGAAUUGGGGGAGAGAGGUCCAGUAAAUCUGAACCUCCUAUUGGAAAGACAGAAUCUGAUCCCAAGAUAGAAGUGAUAAUAAAACCCUGCUCAAGAAGUCCUGAUCGGUCCCGGAGUAAAGUAAGAGCAGAGAAUAACCUGAAGAAAAAAGACUCUGCUCUUCAAGAUACAAAACAGGGAGAAGACCAUGUAAAUAAGGACUUCUUGCCAGUGGAGAUCCGUGGGAUUCUUGAUGACCUUGAACUGGACUAUAUGUCUCAGAAUACAAAGCAAGAGAGAGAGGAAGACAGUCAAAUUCAGAUAUCAGCAGUGCCUUCUGAAUGUACCAGAAGCCACAGCCCAACUAAGAGAAAACCAGAUAAGCUAGCUGCUAAUGAAGAGCCUCAAGUCAUUUCAAAGAAACGGCACUAUGAUACAGAUGAAGUUCGCCAAUAUAUUGUUAAACAGCAAGAGGAGAGGAAGAAGAAGCAGAGUGAAGAGAAGAAAGCACAAAAGGAGGCAACAGAGCAGAAGAAUAAAAGGCUUCAGGAGCUUUACAAGAAACAAAGAGAGGCUCUUACUAAUAAGACAAAGAGUACUUUGGUUUCUGAAAUAGCCACCAAGCAAUUACAAGAAACAUAUUCCAAACUGUUUUUGGAACAAACCUUGCUGGAGGAUCCACUGGUACCUGUACCGGAGCCCAAACCUGGUUAUCAGCCAUCUGGAGAAUCUGACAAAGAGAACAAGGCACAGGAGCGACCACCUAGUGCAUCUUCCAGUAGUGAUAUGUCUCUCUCUGAACCUCCUCAUUCUCUUGUUAGGAAAAAUUUGUUGGAGCCCUUAUGGAUGAAGCCAGAUAGACUGAGUUCAAAAGCCCAAUUUCCAUGCUCACAACCACCUCCUACCUUGGGUGGAAGUCUCUUCUCACAGCUUCUGACUCUGGAUCACAUGGGUUCCUUGAAAAAGGACUUUGACCCUGUAUUGUCAACCAGGAGGAGCCAGAGCACAGCUGUGGGCUCUAUUCCUUUGGCAUCGGCAUCUGCUGUACAACCUACCAUUAAUCAGUAUAAAAGUAAACUGGACCGUAUUGAAGCCCUGAAGGCAACAGCUGCUUCUCUGUCAAGCAGAAUUGAAAGUGAAGCCAAGAAGCUAGCUGGGGCUGGCAUUAACUAUGGUGCAGCUUGGAACUCCGAGCAGGACUUGCCACAAGGAGAUCAGGGUGAUGGUUGCUUUACAAAGGCUGGCAGCCCACCUGUGAAAGAAGAUGAUGUUUUUUCAGCUAGGCUUCAGAAGAUGUUGGGUACCUGUGUAUCUCAUACAAAUUUGGAUGAUAACCUUCCUGGAGUGGGAAAUCUUAAUGAGUUUAAAAACCUCCCAGAGACCAUCAGCCCUCAUUCUGCUGCUGUUGGCUUUCCAGGCAACCACAGACCUGAAGGAAUAUUAGGAAAGAAGCAAACUUGCGCCCCUGAUGCUGAAAUCAAAGUUGUGGUUCCACUUAAUUGUAGUGUAGGUUCAAUAAGUGAGGGGUCCCUCAGUGAUGGUCAUCUGUCUGAGGAGGAAACAGAACAGCACGAGUUUCCACCUUUGAAGACAGUUGAGAUAUUAAAGGAAAAGGAGUUCUGUGUUGCAGAUAAAACUGAGUAUGAACCCAUAAAAGAAUUUCAGAAGGAGGCAGAAAAGCAUCCCCCCAUUUUCACACAGAUGAGUGCUUCAAAACCCUGGGAAGAGCUGACCAAGGGAAGUCCACAUAGUGUCAUCAACAUUUUUACAAAAUCUUACCAGCUAGGUGGAAAAGGACUUGACGAAUUGUCAGGGCAAGGAUCACCAAACCAGCGACCUUUACUCCCAGUCAUGAGCCCUCCAGCUAGUAUUGUUUCAUAUGAUGAUGAUUUCAUCUCAUCACAGGGAAGUGGAGCUGUGACUGACAAAAAGGCUGUUCUUGAGCCCAGUAGCAGCAGCAGUAGCAGCCCCAGCAUGAAAGAAGAGUUUUUCAGCAGAAAAUCACCUUAUGAACUCCAAGCCACAGAGUCUCCCUACCAUUCCUCAGGACCACCAUCUGCAGGUUCUUCCCGUUCAUCUGCAUCUUCUAAAAGAAGGAGGGGAAAGGAAAGCAAGUCUGCAAGGCUUGAAUCUUUCAGUGGAAUUUCAAAUGUCUCUCUGCGGGAGGAAAACAAAACUUUUCCUGUAUCAGACCGUGGAUUGCAACAGACGAAGAAUUCAUUACUUAGUAAUGGAGUAUCUAAUAGAGAGCAAGAGCAGAACCUAGAUUCUGACAGCACUUUAGAGGAGCUCUCUGCUCACUCCUUGAUGAGUCUCCCAGACAAGAUAAGAUCUCCAAGGACUGUGAGCUCUCCUCAGUCUCCAAGCUUACAGAAACAGUUGGAUCCUGUAGCAAAUACAGCAGAAAAGGCCAGAUCCUCUUCAAACUCUCCAGGGGCUACAACUACUGGACCCAAGCCAAAUCCUGCCUUCUCUGAUAUGAAUCUUGGAACCAACAGGACUGGAGCAGGUGGGAUGAAUGGCUCCAUGCGCUUCUCGCCUGCUGGUCUGCAGCAUCGUCUGUCAGCAGAACUCAAUUACUUAACUGCCAUUGAGGAGUCUGUACGGCAGAUUUCUGAUGUAGAACGGGUGCGGGGCAUAUCGCUUGCACAACAGGAAAGUGUUUCAUUGGCACAAAUACUAAAGGCACAGCAGCAACGGCAUGAGAGGGACUUGGCUCUUCUGAAGCUCAAGGCAGAGCAAGAGGCUUUGGAAAGCCAACGACAGUUGGAAGAAGCAAGACAGAAAGCAGCUCAGGCCCAUGCAGAAUCACUGCAGCAGCUGGUGCAGUCACGGCAGGAGGCAGCAGAGGCUUUGCAGGAGGCAGCGUGCAAGAUGACAGCUCAACAGAUGGAGGCAGCUCUGCUCACUACAGAUGCUGCUCGCCAGAUCCGUGAGAUGACGGAGCUUGCACGUGCCCAGAUCUCUGAUCGUGUUGGUGCUCCUGCAGCUCCAAUUACCACAUUGUUUGACCAAGGGCAGAAGCACCAUACAGCAUUCAUAAAGCAACUAAAAGCUCAUGCUUUUAGCAGGAAAAUAGAAUCCAUUACCUCUUCACAAAAUAAAGAGGAGACCACUGAGUCAAAACGUCAGUACUCUCCCUCAUUUGAUAGUUAUUCAGAGUCAUCAAGAUCAAAGGCACAUGAUCAAAGUAGCAGCAGCAGCCGCCAGGAAAGUCCAUCUGUUCCAUCUUCCAAGGAGACCAAGAAACUGUCCCGUCGUGAAAAGCCAAGUGCUUCCAUUGCAGAGGAGGCUCCUACCGCUGUGAAUGAUUCCCUGCAAAGUAAUGGUAUUCCUCUCAUUCAUGAUGAAAGAGACUCAACCUCAGUUGCAACAGAAUAUUCUCUGAAAUUUGAUGAGUCCAUGACAGAGGAUGAGAUUGAAGAAAGGUCCUUCCGUUCUUUGCUACCUUCUGAGAGUCACCGCCGGAUCAAUUUGAAGAAACGAGAUCACCAGGAUUAUUCUGAUGAAGAUGCUUCUCCUGCAAAGAGCACAAUCUCACCAAUCAAGGAGCUAAGCUUGCCAUUUUCUGGAGGGCAAGACAGCUUUUCUAGAUUUACAAUGGAAAUGGUGCGGCAGUACAUGAAGGAGGAAGAAAUGCGGGCCGCUCACCAGUCCUCACUCCUCAGACUACGUGAAAAAGCAUUGAAAGAGAAGACGAAGGCUGAGUUAGCCUGGCUAGAACAUCAGAAAAGACGUUUACGAGACAAAGGAGAGGAUGACAAAAUGCCUCCUAUCCGAAAGAAGCAACGUGGUCUGCUUCUGAAGCUGCAACAGGAAAAGGCAGAAAUCAAGCGUCUUCAGGAGGCCAGCAAAGCAGCUCGGAAAGAAAGACAACUGAUCCUUAAACAACAAGAAGAGAUAGAGCGAAUACGUCAAACUACCAUGAAAUUGCAGGAAAAACUCAAGUCCGCUGGGGAGAAUAAGUUGGAGCAUCGCAGUGAAGAUGAUGUAAAACAAACUCAUUCUUCCAGCCCACUACCAACAGAUGCAGAGACCUGUAGCCCUUCCUCUAUCUCCAGCUCUGAGACUAGUAGUAUCAUGCAGAAACUAAAGAAAAUGCGCAGCCGCAUGGAUGAGAAACACUGCUCUCCUGUUCACUACUUCUUCUCUGUCUUUACGUCUCACCACUGGGCCUCUCUCAGUGUGUGUUUUCCCAACCUCCAUCCCAAAUUCCAGCUGUAUAUCUACAACCAAUUGGUCAGGUUCUUGACUAAGCGAGAGCAAAAACUGAUGCAGCGACGGCAGCAUGCCGAAGAACUGCUAAAGUGGAAGCGCCGUCUAGAUGCAGAAGAAGCUGAGAUUCGUCAGAUAGAGAAACAAGCAUUGGCUGCCUGGGACAAAGAGCUGCUCAAAGCCAAAGCAAACAAAAAGGCUGUGGGAGACCAGAAGAGUGAUCAGAAAGAAACAGGCAGUGAAGAAGACUCUUCAGUGCCACCUUGUUCUCGCCUAAAUAGCGAAAGCUCUGUCCCAGAAGAACUGGGCAGUCUCGUGGUUGAGCCUGGACCAUCCAAGGUCUCUGAGGAGCAAGAACAGCUAGGAAGCCCAGAUCACACUACACUUACCGAAGCUAUGGUUUAUACACAGGAUCUAGUAUCUACAACCUCACCUGGAAAACUUUCUCCUUCCAAAAGUAGUGCAUCCCUAUCAAAGCAAGAGUCCAGCAAAGGAACCCACAGAACUGGAGAGCAGCAGCAUUUACCUACAAAAUCCCAAGAUAUAUCCUAUAGUUGGUCUGAUGAGUCUCUAUCCAUGACCCAGUCAGAAACUACAUCCGAUCAAAGUGAUAUUGAAAGCCGAAUCAGGGCCCUGAAGGAUGAGCUACAGAAGAGAAAAUCUGUUGUUUAUCAGCUGAAAAAGGAGCAAAAAAAGAGACACAAGGAGAGACUGAAAGCCCAGGAGGCUAGUUUGCUCAAACAAUUAGAGACUUACGAUGAAUUCAUCAAGAAAACUGAAGCAGAGCUGAGUCGGGAUCUGGAGGCAACACCUACAGCAAAACCUCAAAUUAAAACACCAUCUUCAACUACUGAGAAACCGAAGAUCAAGCCGCCACCACUUCAUAGAUCUGAAACAACAAAAAAUUGGAAAUCACUAACUGAAUCGGAACGUUCUAGAAGUUCCUUGGAGUCCAUUGCAGAGCAUGUUGAUGCUAUUUCUCGUUCUGAGAGAUCUGUUUCUGCGUACACCAAGAAAUUCAUUGAGGCAGAGAUUCGGUCAGAGGAGCAUUCCCAAACGCCAUCCCCACUUCUCAAGGUUCCAAAGAAAACUAGAGCAGAAUCUGGUGAUUCAGUGGAUAGUGUGCCCUCGUUGGUUAUUUCCAGAGACUUAGGAGAUGGAAGCAAAACACCCCACGUGUCAAUAAACAAGCCUGAAGAUGCAACGAAUUAUGAUUCUUUUGUUUCUACUAAUAGAUUUGUGUUACAAGAGGAGGUGGAAUCUGUAAAGUCAGAAUGUGAGACUGAAAUAGCUCACAAGACUUCUGAAAGAUCUGAUGCUUCUGUUUUUGACAUAGAACAAAAGAGUUCACCUCUACCUUCUCUAAAGACAGCUGUCUCACCUGAGGCUGAACCACUGGAAAUGGAGCAGAUUGCUUUGACUGUUGUGUGUCUUCAGGACAGAAAGGAGAUGUCAAAGGAUGAUGAAGCUGCCGUAUCAAUUAAGUCUUCUCUUAGGCUGAACAAGGAGUUGCUAAAAGAAGAUCCCUUGUUUUCAGAUCAGAUUAUUUGCAAGGAGCUAUCAUAUUCUAAUGAUUUUGAGGAAUCUUCCUCAAGGCAAGAUACAUCAAAAGAUAAAGAACCUCUUACUGAAUAUUGCAAAGAUGAUUUUGAUGUAUCUGAGUUGCCUCUUGGAAAAGACUCUGGAUCAUGUGGAGAGAAGUCAUGGUAUACAAGAACUCCUAGGAGCCGAUCUCUUAGUAUUGGAAGUGAUGAUGAAAUAAGUGAAUAUCUCAGUGACAAAUCUUUGUCUGUGGCUGGCAGUAUUCAUUCAGAGAGGUUACUGGAACUCAAGUCCCCAACAGAACUUAUGAAAAGUAAAGAGCGCAGUGACGUGGAGAAAGAACCAGCUUGUGUUGAUUCAUCAGUUUGGACUUCUAGUUCUAAGACAGAAGAGGAAAAAGAAAAUGCUCUACUAGAUUUCAGCAUUGGUGACAGAGUACUUGUCAGUAAUGUACAACCUGGGACAUUGAGAUUCAAGGGUCUGACUAAUUUUGCUAAAGGUUUUUGGGCUGGUGUGGAGUUGGAUAAGCCUGAAGGAAACAACAAUGGCACUUAUGAUGGCACUGCAUAUUUUGACUGUAAAGAAAAACACGGUAUUUUUGCUCCUCCACAAAAAAUAUCUCUGAUUUCAGCGAGUUUUGAUUUAGAUACAAAUGAAGAUUCUUUUUGCAAGCAUAAGCUGGAUCAUCAUCACAAAGCAGAUCAGACAGAUAGCAAGAGUCUUAAGGAAGAAAAGUAUGAGGCGGGAAAUGAAAUUGAGAAAUGCUCCCAGGAUAAAUCUCAGAGAAGCAGAUCUGAGGACUCUUUUGCAGGUGAAGAUUAUUUGAAACUCACUUCUCAAAUAAAUCAUGUGGCAACAGUUGCUGCUGCUGAAGACUUUGCUCCAGAACAGAGCAUUACUGAUUCUCUAAAGUCUUCACUAGGUGAUGAAGAUAAUGGAGGCUUAUCUGCCUCCAUUUCUAAUGCCCAUAGAGAGGCUUCUACUGUUGCUGUAGAGGGGAUCGUGGAUAGUACCUUCCCUGAGAAAUUGAAGCAACAGCAUCCCUCUUGGCAGGAAUAUACUGAAAAGUCAGAUAGCCUUGUUCCUAGCAUUUUGGAGAAGUCUGCAACUCCACUCUUGGACUUGCUGACAAAAGAGAGAAGCCAAUUAGAAGCACAACUUAGAGUCCCAUCCCAAGAGGAGAAGGAACCAGAAGAUCAACAGGAAAAGGUUGGCUUGUUGACAGACAGUCUCCUACAAGCUUUUGUGAAGGACACAGUCAAUCAGUUGCAGCAAAUCAAGAAAGUCAGGAAUGAGAAAAUCCAGUCUAGCAAUCAAGAGCUUUGUGCUGCCCAGGAGAAGAAGCUGGCAACUAGGGACCUGCAGAGCAUUUUAAUAAGCUCUGAACUGGAUGAUGGAGAAGAAGUUUCCUCCCCAGACAUGUGUCCCAGGCCUGAAAGCCCCGUGUUUGGUGCUAGUGGACAAGAAGAGCUUGCCAAGAGGCUGGCAGAGCUGGAGCUUAGCCGGGAGUUUCUGAGUGUAUUAGAUGACCAAGAUUGGUUUGAUGAGGACUUUGGUUUGAGUUCUCGGAAGCUUCCUCAGAAGCAAGCAGAAGAAUCAGCUGUGUUGCCUAAAAUAGAACCUCCCAAAGUGCCACCUAAGCCAUGUGAAGAGCCCUUGGCUGUACCACACACUGCAGAGGAAGUGGAGGUCCUGGUACACACAGCAGCUGAGGAGCUAUGGAAAUGCAAAGAGCUGGGGCAUGAUCUUCAGGCUACCAGCCUUCCCAGAGAUACAAGUGAUUCCCCUAAAGAGAACGACAUUGAAUCCAUUAGCAAACAGAUCUAUAAACAGGCUGUAUUUGACUUAACAAGAGAGAUAUUUGGGGAAAUCUUUGCAGAAGAUCCAAAUCUGAACCAACCCAUAUGGAUGAAACCCUGCAGGAUCACUUCAACUUAUUUCCGUCGAGUGAAAGAUCCAAGUGAUCUUGAGGAGAUCAAGAGCUUUAUAGCAACUGAAGUGCUUAAGCUGCUAAACUUGAAAAAAGAGCUUAACAACAAAACAGACUGGCAGAAAAUGAUGAAAUUUGGACGCAAGAAACGUGAUCGAGUGGAUCAUAUACUGGUGCAGGAAUUGCAUGAGGAGGAAGCCCAAUGGGUGAACUAUGAUGAGGAUGAACUGUAUGUGAAGAUGCAACUGGCAGAUGGAAUUUUUGAGGCCUUAAUUAGAGAGACUAUUGACAUCAUUAACCAGAUCAGCGAAAAACAGGAGAGGCUGCUGCCUCUGUAACAUCCGAGCUAUGCCUUUGUCAUAGCGAUGCUGCUACUGGAGUUCAAUAUUGUUCUUAAGACUGAGUAGCGAUAUAACAUGGUGUUACGUCUCCCCAUGCUGCCUUUUGGAGACUUACACUGGAUUUAUUACAAACAAUUCCCCCCCCCCCCAGUUUGAUGCUUUCCCCCCAAUUCAGCAUGAAGAAUAGCAGUUGACAACUGCAAGUGUUUUUUUGGGUUUUUUUGGUGGCAACCUCUUACAGGGGCUGUGUAUCUUAGACAGUUUUUGUAAAUUGUUGGGUUGGAACACCAGGCACCCAGCAGUGGAAACUCAAGUCAUUAGUAAACUUUAUUCUUCAUUUUAACAGUUGCUGUUCUAGUUUGUUUUUAGCUGUAAGGGAUAACAUUAACCAUCUGAAUGAUUUAUCCUGCAACCUUGAUACCCAUCUGUUUCCUUCCCUCUGCCACCAGUUCUGUUGUUUUCUUCCAGUCAUUUCCAUCAUUCUGUCUCAAAAUGUGGCCCUAGAUAGUGUUGCUGGAUUAAUGAAAGGGAGGUGGAGGAGACCGUCUGCUCUGUGUGCAGCUAAAGAUUUGCUCACGCUGCCUCGGGGCAGAAUGAAAGUUGGCACAAAAGAUUAGUCGGAGGCUAACGUUCCUCCUCCUCCUCUUCCACUGUGUGUGUUCUUCCCUCAAUGAACCACCAGCUUGCCCCUAAGUAAAUGAGUACUCAGGAUUCUCUCAGGCACUUGACAUGUGAGAGCUGGAAAAAUGUAUUGUGUUAAAUGUAGGCUGUUGAUCCCUUAACUUCCUCCCUUGCUUACCACCCUACUGUAUUGUAUUGGCAAAGCCAUUACUUGACCUAGGUAGGGUUCCGAGUGUAUGUACCAAAGAGAGUGAUGCCCAGUGCUUGACUUUGGGCUUGUUUUGUAUGCAUGUGGGAUUUCUUUAACUUAUUUUAUAACUUGUGUGUUAGAAAUACAUGUCUAGUGCUACAUUGGUUGCACUACCAUCGGAUUUAAAACAGUCUAUGAAAAGUUGUCUAUCUUAGGACUGUAUCUGUCCUAUAAAGCUAGAGAUUUAUAGUCUUUGUGCAAAAAUGCCAUCUCGGAGCAACACAGGGAGCCUGCAAACAAACAAAUGCAUGUUUUUCAUUGUGGGGUGAAAAAGGCACAACAUGUAAAGUGUUGGACUUGCAGAAGGAGAAUCUAAAGUGGAUGUCAACACUCCUCUUCCCACCGCCCCACUUUCCACAGGUGGUUCUUCAGUGAGGACACAGCCACUGUCAGCCACAAUGUGGAGGUCUGACCAUACUCCCCACCCCCACUCCACUCUGUGUUCUGCAAAAGGACACAGAUAAUCUAGGCUUGAAUGCUGAUGCCUUAAUUUGAAAUCUGGUUUACUUGAUAUAACACACUGAACCAGAGUGGAUUCAAAAGCUCUUGACCUGUCUUAGUGUGGAGUUAGCACUCAGAAACCUGGGAGGAGGCACUCCAAAGAUUAUGCGAACCAAAAGGUGCCCAUGGGAAGAGUUAACACCUUUUCCCCCCUUUCAUCCCAUCUAGUUCCUUGGGCUUCCAACUAAGCAUACCUCUGCCAAUACUCCUUUAGUAGUCUCUUCUUUUUAAACCUUUUGGUGAUCUAUGUCUUUUGCACAGUGACACACAACCAAGUUAGCUCCUCACAUCUCUGGGCUGCUCAGAGAAUAUGGUUGACAUCCAGACCAAGGGAAAACCCCACCACCACCAGAUGUGGCAUUGCCAGCAUCUAACUUUUAAGCUUGCAGUGGUUAGUCUUACCUACAAGAGCUAAAGGAACAAACGGACAGAGAAGAGUUCAGUGUGUCUUAAGAAUACCCAACACGUCUGCCUAUUCCCUCAUUUUCCCUCACUAUGUAAGAACUAGGUGCCAACAUUGUUAAACUGGUUAAGCAAGUUGCUGCUAUGAUUUGAGGUCCAUAUUAAACCUCAUAGCUGUCUUAAUGCAUAUUUAACUUCUCAACACAAGCUGCUCCUUUUCCUUUCUUUAAAAAGCGGGGAGGGGGGGCAACAUUUAUGACAGGUUUUUUUGUCUGUGUCCCCCCCCCUUCAGUUGCAACCUUUUCACACUUUUGUGCAGCAACAACCUAUAUAAAAGUAGUAGCUUUUUCUACAGGCAUUAGAUCAUUUUUCCAGGUUCUACAGUACAGAAAUCAGAUUGGAGGGGCAUUCUUCUAUUUUGCAGACACAGGAUCUGAAAACAUAUUGUGAGAAUAUAUUAUAAUACCUCAAGCUCACCCUUAGAGAGGUUCCUUCCUAGGUUUCCACCUGUUACAAUAUAUAGUGUAUAUUAACACACAAUUUCAUCACCCACAAAGCCGAGUGGACUAAUCUGUCAGUGAGCCAUGUCAUCUUCUCAGAAUACUUUUUCACGUGCUUGGAGACAUGGGAAUGACUAUUCUGUAUACCACAAAGUGCAAAAGAGGCCUUUAAUCUGGAAUCCACUGGAGAUUGUGAAAAAUUGCCCUUUUCACACCACAGUUAGGACAGAUUGUUGAAGCAGAACAGAGAAGUCCAGAGUUUAAAUUCUCAUUCUCUCGUCCUAGGACAAUGUACCCUGAGAUUAUACUGCUAAAAUGUCCCAACAGGCUUGGAAUUCAUGUUGAGUCGCACAUUUUUCUCCAAUUUUGAGCCUAAAAACAAAAACUAUUUACAUGCUUGAAACCAUUUACAGCACAGCUAGAAAGUGAUGGAUUGAUCUAAGUGUUGUCAUUAUUCCCUUUGAGUUUAAGAAAUGAACCAUUGAGGCAAGAUGAGCAGAAGACCAGGCCUGUGCAAAUACAAAGGACCAGAAUUCUCCCGGUAGAAUUGUUCCUAAUCUACAGAUCUGGGACACAGUCCCCUAAGACCCUCUCCUGUUCAAGCUCCCCUUUAAAUGAAUAGGGGUUAGUCCUCCAAUUGUGCUCUUGCACAACUCCCAUUCAUUUCCAAAGUGCAUUGAAUAGGAAGGAUUCCUAAUGGACUGUGCCUUGUUAGCUUUUAACUGCCCUUACCUUUCAGACGACUUCAUGGCAAGGUUUUGUGGCCUGUUUCUGGUUGGGAGGGGGGAGGUCACAUUGUGUUCCUGUGGAAGCUUUUUGAAAACGUGGCCUUAGCAUUUUUGCAAUACUUGAAUAAAAGUGUGUGUUUGCAAAAGAAAUUCAGUAGCACAGCUUUCAGAGACCAUUGAAGUAACUGCACCACAAAGACUUUCACAUUACUUUUGCUACCUUAGGAGAACUGACUACUUACUUUCCAGCAGCAAAAACAGUUGACACGUAAAGUGUUUCUUUGUAAACUGUAGGAGGUUUUUUUUUAUUGUUUACAGAAAUUGGUCAAAGUAGAUAAACAAAACUCUUGACAGUACUGAUUUUGAAAUCUUAUGUAGAAAGGCAGGGAAAAGCCAGAUUGAAAAGUUGUACUGUAAUACACCAGAGUAAAUAGGAGUUUUUCCCUUUUUUUUGCAGAGCCUUUUUCUAUACAUUUGCAAAGGCGGAUUGGGGAGACCCUUCCGCCCUGUGUACUGUAUUGUGCAGAUACUAAACUGCUCAGUGUGUGUGUGUGUGUGUGUGUGUGUGUGUGUGUGUGUGUGUAAAUAACCUUGUCAAACUGGUUUCCAGGCCAAUAUCAACCAAUAAUCUCACAUCCCUGUGCAGCACCGCUCAGUAGAUAACAGGGUGUAUGUUUUUUCUUGUAAUUAUGAACUGUAAAAUAACCAGGGUAGUCCCUGUGUACACCAUUGUAAAUAUUUUUGUUAAUUUGAGAUGUACUUUAAGAGAAUAAAAUCUGUAAAUAAACUGAUUUAUUAAUUAUCCUA